AUGGCAUACAUAGACGCGUCAGAGAACUCUACCCGCUUUGAGAACGAAUUGGCCCUGCUCGAAGCGAUGUACCCCGACCUCAUUUCCUUCGACUCGAAAAGCCGCGAGCUCAAAUAUACCUCUCCGAAUUCAUCCAGCGCAGUCUUGGUUUUACGACUUCAGGAUCAGUAUCCUACAGGCCCGGACAAACCCCAAAUCAUUUCUGCGUCUGAGGCAUCCAGGAAUGACGUCCGCGACAAAGUACAGCAAGCGUUUGAGACCGUCGCGUUCGACGAGCAGGGUUCGGAAAUCCUGGACAUCUUGAUAAACCGAUUCGAAGAAGUCACGGCUGAGACUGCGCAGGUGCCCGUGGCUGAAACCUCGGAUGGACAACACAAUGCGAUAAAAGACAACGGCGUCGAUGCUGACACCGAUUUCACGCCGCCAUCCAAGACUGUAAUCAUCUGGCUCCAUCAUCUUUUGGCCAUUUCUAAGCGCAAACUCGCCGUAAAUCCAAGUCUGAAUGCAAGGGUGCUUAGUCCAAAGGGAUACUCGUCCCUGGACAUUUCGGGCAUCACGAAGCCUGGCUACCCAGGCAUUAUGAUCUUCUCGGGUCGUAGUGACCUCGUUGAUGCACAUGUUGGAGAGCUUAAGGCGUUGAACUGGCAAGCCUUUCAGAUACGAUAUGAUUCCGCCGAAGAAAGCAAACAGCAUGACCAUGCACCGGACGAGUGGCAGUUUUCCUCCUGCAAAGGCAAGAUUGUCGAAGUGGAGACAAUGGCGGAACUCGUCCAGAGCAUCGUCAAAGAACACCAUAAAUCCACAUUCCUCCAGGCUGUCGGGUUGAAGUGA